GCGCGCGAGUAGAGUACACACGUUCUGUUUGGUGUGCGCAUGCGCGGACGCGGUGUGCGCGGUGCGCCGCGGCUCUCGACUCGACUCGCCUCGGCCCUCGUUCUCCUCGGCUCUCCGUGGCUCGCCCUCCCCGCCGCCAAGGUGCAUGCAUGCAUUCUAUGCGGCGUGCACCGCAUUAGAUGCAUUUCUAAGUCGCGCCGCAAUAAAUCGCAGAAAUAUUCGAAGCCGAGAGAGGCCCGCGCUGGCCCUGAGACCCUCGGGAAACGACAUUGUGGCCCAGUGACGCACGGGAUCGAGAGGAACGCCGGUGGAUCGCGCAGCCGGAAGAAGUGAUCUCCGGAGGAUCGAGGAGCCGGCCACCCUGGCCAAGGUAAACACGAUCCAACCGAUUUCGCCUGGUACACUGUCAACAAGGUUCCGAAGUUCGCCGUGGGAGCGGAGGUGUUCGAGGAGGUGUUCCAGGAGAGGGGCAUCGAGGGAUCGACGGAGAAGAGGACCGUCCCGGGGACCGGGCCCCACGUGCGAAUUCGCCGACGUCCCGAAGAUCGACGCCGGUUUCGACUGUUAGGGGUUGCCGAUCGACUCUCUCCGUCUCUCUCUCCCCACCUCUCUCUCCUUUUCUCUCCCUCCCUCUCUCUCUCUCUCUCUCUCUCUCUCUCUCUCUCUCUGGCACUGGGUCAGAAGAUCGGCGCGUCCGAGAGCGAUGCAGAGGCGAUGAGACACGCCGCACCGGGCAGGAAGUGACAAAGGUUACCGGUGCGCCGGCCGCGCGGACUCUUGUUACUUCCACGAGAAAGGGCCGUCGCGGAUGCGGCAGCGUUUCGGAGGAGGAAGAAGAAGAAAAGAAUACGACGCACCGAGCAGUCACGUGCGAACCAGUCCCUCCCACUUGCGGACGCGGCGUGCCGCGGAUUUCAGUGCGCUGAAAAUCGUAACGUCGCGAGCGAGCUCCGGCUGAACCGUGCGCCCUGGAAAACCGGCGUCGUCCUCGUCUCUGCCAUCGUCGACCAGCGCGGCAUCGUCGUUCGACGACAACGAUAGAUCUCUACGAGUUCGUUCGAACGGCGAGCAAAUCGAGGAUCGAAGUGAACCGUGCUCGUGCACCGGGAAACCCGGGCAAACGUCGAGGAAUCGGGAAAAACGAUCGCGAAGCUAGAAGAAGAUCGGAGUGACUUUAUUAGUGGAGAUCCUCUUGGUUCUCGUGCGGCUCCUCCGGGACGUCGACGGAGGACACCCCGAAGAAGGGAGGACCCCUUCGUAGGCGAGAGGAUCGGAGUGAAUCGGUGAACGUUUGCGAGGACCGUGUUUUCGAGGCGUCCUCGCCGGAGCCAAUCCUUCCUCUUCCGAGGUUUCUCGGUAGAGACCAGCUCUCCUCCGAGGGACCAGCUAGAUCGAAGAGGAUCUAUACGCCCGUCUGCGUAGAAUAAAGAUAACGGCGUGACUGCGAGCGCCUCCGUGAGCCUCUUGUGUUGAGCAUCUUCUGGGAAGUUGGGGCGGCCAGAGGAGCGAUAUUCGCGGCGUGGAAAAUAGAUCUGGUGAGCGGCGAGACUCUGUCUUUUGACCCGCGGCGGCUAGAUGGAAGGGAGCCUGCCAAACUGUAACAAAGGCUAGGCGAGUGCGCGAACGGAAGGAGACGGACGAUCGAGGAUCGGUGUGAGUCAUCGGCGAGGGACGACGGUGAAUUCUCGAUUGGAAAACGAGCAUCGGCUUCGGUUUCGUUCGAAAAAAAAUACCAGGCCGGAGCAGAGCUCCAGCGGCGAAUUCGUCCGCUGCCAGCGGGAAUCUUAGCUGCCGGAGGCUGUUGUCGGCGCCGGGCGUCGGUUUUUCGGUGUUUCUUGGAGAACCGGCGUGCGUCCGCGGCCCGAUCGGAGGAAGCGGCCGGGCCGCGUUCCGCGGUUUUUCGCGCGAAGAAGACGCGGAGGAGACGAGAUCCGUGCGGCGACUGUCGGCCCCGCGCGCUUACACAGUGUCGUCCUCGACGUAGCGUCGAGCGGAACCGCGAGCGAGCCGGAGCGCGCGAUGCACGCGGCGAUCAGUGCCCGUCCGUCGAGCGUACUUUGAACGAAAGAACCGCACGCGAAAGGGAGAAAGUGGGAAGAAUCGGCGUGCGCGCGCGCGCGGUCCACCAGAGCCCGAGACCGGCCGAUUGUUCGUUCGAUCGCGAAGACGACCCGUCGAUAAGAGAAUCCCGCGGCCGCGGAAGGUGCGCCGCGAUCUGGCCGCGUGUUCCCUCUUCGUUUUCUUUUCUUUUUUCACCGCGGUUCGCCGAUCUCGCGGGGGCCCUCUCGAUUUGGGGAGCGAGCGGGUCGCGCGUUCCAUCGGCCGCGAGUGAGUGAGACGCGAGCACCGAGCAUCGGUUUCCGCGAAAACAGUGUCGGAUGAACUGGACGCACGGACUGUUCGAUGUGGAAGAGGAUGAGGAGGACGACGACGAAGACGACGACGACGACGACGGAGACGACGGAGACGAGCCAGAGGAACGCGAUGAUCUGGAGAGGCUGGUAGAGAGCGGAUCGAGUUCAGCUUCGAGCGGGAGACGCAUUGCAGCAAGAGAUUCCCGCGCAGGAGAGGAAGACUGGACAAAGCGGAAGAAGCAGAAUAAGACGAGCAAAGCAGAAGAAGCGGAGGAACACAAGAGGAAAAGAAGAGCGAAAGCGAGAAGAAGCGGGGUUGCGACGAGAGUGAUUCGGAGUAGCGAAGAGAGGAAAGUGAAGGGAGGCGAUUGUUAGCGAGAGUGAUUUAUCAACGAGUACGAGAAGAGAGAGAAGAAGACGAAGAAGACGAAGAAAGCGGAAGCAGAA